AGGAGAUCCUAUUGCAUUUCGGCCGCCAAAGGAAUUGACUUUAACAAAGACGCUUUAAGUGGCAUUGGUGUUUUGGGCCACUGAAUUGCGAAUAGCGCAGCAAUUAAUUGUGGACAACGCAUUUUGGCUUUGAGAGCGCAGUAAAUGCGGUUGCCACACAUGCGAAAGUUAAAGGAAAUCGUGUGUGUUUAAGGUGACAAGUCGUGGGAAUAGCCAGGCAUGCGAAACCAUCAUCGCAGGCCGUGUAAACCAGGAUUCAGGUUCCAGUAUGCAGGUCAUCCGCCUGUCACGUGCCUAAGCGCCCCGGACAACGCAAUGCAGGUGCCACCGACAGGUCCUUUGGGGAUCGAGGUACCAGGCAGUGUUCUUUCCAGCUGCAGUGCAUCCAGAGCCAUGUGUGACAAAUAUUUAUUAACUGCCACAACUGCCGGGCAUCGGCUUAGAGGCUUGAUCUUGGCAUUAGAGAGCUAAUAAAAAAUUGAUUCCGACUUCGUCGAUUGUCACAAAUAAU